UGCAGCCGCUGCGUCCGCCGCCGCCUCCGCUCCCUCUCCGACCGCCAUGCCCCCCGUCGACGGGGAGGACGUGGUGGCCGAGGGAGUUAGGGAUUUAGGUAGUGUACAGUUGGAGGGUUUGGCCGAUUUGAAACCUUCAUUUUUGUGCUCCGAUGGGAGCCUGACUGUUCAUGCUGGUGAAAGAUUAGGUCGUGGUAUUGUCACAGAUGCAAUCACCACCCCAGUUGUCAACACAUCUGCCUACUUCUUCAAGAAAACUGCUGAGCUUAUCGACUUCAAGGAGAAACGCCAUGCGAGUUUUGAAUAUGGUCGGUAUGGAAACCCGACGACUGUGGUUUUGGAAGAAAAGAUAAGUGCACUUGAAGGGGCUGAAUCAACCUUGAUUCUGGCGUCUGGCAUGUGUGCAAGUACUGUUAUGCUGUUGGCUUUGGUUCCUGCUGGUGGACACAUUGUGACAACAACAGAUUGUUACAGGAAGACAAGGAUAUUCAUGGAGACUUUUCUUCCUAAGUUGGGGAUAACGGUCACUGUUAUUGAUCCUGCUGAUAUCGCGGGACUUGAAGCUGCAGUGAAUAAAUACAAGGUUUCUCUGUUCUUUACUGAGUCCCCAACCAAUCCCUUCCUGAGAUGUGUCGACAUCAAGUUAGUCUCAGAAAUAUGCCACAGAAAAGGAACUCUUGUCUGCAUAGAUGGUACCUUUGCAACAGCUCUCAACCAGAAGGCCCUCGCCCUUGGUGCCGAUCUUGUUGUGCAUUCUGCUACAAAAUAUAUCGGAGGCCACAAUGAUGUUCUUGCUGGAUGCAUCAGCGGACCAAUGAAGUUGGUGUCGGAAAUUCGCAAUUUACAUCACGUGUUGGGGGGAACGCUUAAUCCGAAUGCUGCCUACCUAAUCAUUCGAGGCAUGAAGACUAUGCAUCUUCGUGUAAAGCAACAGAAUUCAACUGCGUUGAGGAUGGCCCAAAUUUUAGAGGCACAUCCCAAGGUGAGCCAUGUCUAUUAUCCGGGCCUACCUAGUCAUCCCGAGCAUGACAUCGCCAAGCGACAAAUGACUGGUUUUGGUGGCGUGGUCAGUUUCGAGAUUGACGGAGACCUCGACACAACUAUCAAGUUUGUCGAUGCUCUGAAGAUUCCUUACAUCGCUCCGUCAUUUGGUGGAUGCGAGAGCAUUGUGGACCAACCCGCCAUAAUGUCCUACUGGGAUCUAACGCAAGAGGAGAGGCUCAAGUACGGAAUAAAGGACAACCUGAUUAGAUUCAGCUUUGGAGUGGAGGACUUUGAGGACGUGAAGGCUGACGUUCUUCAGGCACUGGAUGCCAUCUGAUCUGAAGUUUCGAAUUGAGUUAAGUCCAUGUCAUUCUCUUCUGUUCCGUUUGUCUUUCCCUGUUUGUCUUUCAUAAAACGCAGAAUCUGUUCUCUGUGGCAUCGCUCUGUUAAGUUAAUUAUCAACGGAUAUUAUGGUUAUUGCUCCACUUGUUACGUUUUUUGGGUUCGA